AUGCACCUUUUUCCUAAAUUAAAUGUAGGUACUAGUAAACAUCAACAUGACGUCAUUUUGGUAUCAUCUGCUGAUGGGAAAUUUAGCAUAGUAAAUCACAAUGGACGUAUAGAAAAAAUUGUGAAUGCUCAUCAAGGUGCAUGUCUAACGGCACAGUGGAGUCCUGAUGGUGCUGGUCUACUAACAGCCGGUGAAGAUGGUUUUGUAAAGGUUUGGUCUAGGAAUGGUCUCCUCCGAUCCACGAUUGUACAGACCGAUGUUCCAUGCUACAGUGCAGUUUGGAGCCCGGACAGUAGUGCCAUAUUGCACACUAAAAACAACUUUCUGAUUUUAAAGCAGUUGAAUUCAAGCAAUAAAAUAACAAAGUGGAAGGCACACGAAGGUCUCAUUAUCUGUACAGCCUGGAAUGCUAAUAAUAACUUAAUUAUUUCUGGUUCUGAAGAUGGUUUUAUAAAGUGGUCGCAUUGCUUGGAUAGACCAUCGACGGGUAGCAUCUACAGCGUGGCAUGGUCAUCCGAUGGGACGCAGAUAGCAGCUGCUUGUGCUAAUGGGCAUGUGCUGUUUGCACAUAUUAUUGAUAGAGAAUACACCUGGAAAAAUUUUGCAUGCAACCAAAUCGGUCGAAAAGUGAUUUCCAUAAAGGAUAUCGUCAGUGAUCAAAGUGAUCAGCUAGACUACCCAGAUAGAGUCAUACAAAUCGCCCUCGGCUUCAACCAUCUCGUGAUCGCCACUGUGAAGCAGUGCUUCAUACACAAGCUCAGUUCAUGGAACACACCGGUAACUUUUGAUUUGAAAGAAGGAACAAUUAGUAUGAUACUGCUCUCAGAAAGAUGUCUGUGUAUAGUGGAGAGAGCUGGCACAUCAAUAUACAGUUAUAUGGGGAGACUACUUGCUAGCCCACGCUGUGGAACUCGGCCUGAAACAUUGGGCAGAGCUGCUAUAUCUUUAGGACCGGAUUCUUUAGCAGCCAUUGACCAAACUGAUCGGAAAACGAUACAAGUUUUUGACUUACCGACUGGCCUGAUUGUACGCAGUUCUGCUGAUAAUGCAAUUACUAAACUAACCCAUAAAAUGACCGUGUCAACUAUCGCUUUAAGUCAGACUGGUCCCAUUAAUGAACGACAGAUGGCAUUACUAGACUAUAAUAGAGAUUUAUACGUAGUCACCGUGAAAGAAAAUAAGCCAAAGUUUUCUAAAUUAGGGAGAACUGGCUGUAACGCCACGCGUGGCCAAUGUGGAUUUGUGGCUGUUAACGACUCUAGAUACAACUGGUACCAACGGCUCCACGUCUCUUCCAAAACACGAAGGAGCUUGAAAUGA